UGUCUGUCUGUCUCUCUCUCUCUCUCUCUCUCUCUCUCUCUCUCUCUCUCUCUCUCUCUCUCUCUCUCUCUCUCUCUCUCUCUCUCUGUUUCUCUCUCUCUCUCUCUCUCUGUCUGUCUCUCUCUCUCUCACACUCUCUGUCUCUCUCUCUUUGUAGGUUCUGAAGUAUGAGCAGUACCUGGAUAACACAUUAGUACGGUUUCUAUUGAAAAAGGCUUUGACCAACCAAAGGAUAGGACACUUCUUUUCUGGCACUUAAAGUCCGAGAUGCACAACAAGACGGUGAGUCAGCGCUUCGGCCUGCUGCUGGAGUCGUACUGCCGGGCGUGCGGCAUGUACCUGAAGCACCUGAGCAGGCAGGUGGAGGCCAUGGAGAAGCUCAUCAACCUCACCGACAUCCUCAAACAGGAGAAGAAGGACGAGACGCAGAAGGUCCAGAUGAAGUUCCUUGUGGAGCAGAUGAGGAGGCCGGACUACAUGGACGCCCUGCAGAGCUUCACCUCUCCUCUCAAUCCGGCCCACCAGCUGGGAAAUCUCCGGCUGGAGGAGUGCAGGAUCAUGUCCUCGGCCAAGCGGCCCCUGUGGCUCAACUGGGAGAACCCAGACAUCAUGUCGGAGCUGCUCUUCCAGAACAACGAGAUAAUAUUCAAGAACGGAGACGAUCUGAGGCAGGACAUGUUGACGCUGCAGAUCAUCAGAAUCAUGGAGAACAUCUGGCAGAACCAGGGACUUGACCUCAGGAUGCUGCCCUACGGCUGCCUGUCCAUAGGGGACUGCGUGGGCCUGAUCGAGGUGGUGCGCAGCUCCCACACCAUCAUGCAGAUCCAGUGUAAAGGAGGCCUGAAGGGGGCGCUGCAGUUCAACAGCUCCACACUGCACCAGUGGCUCAAGGACAAGAACAAGGGAGAGAUGUACGACAUGGCCAUAGACCUGUUCACGCGGUCCUGCGCGGGAUACUGUGUGGCCACCUUCAUCCUGGGGAUAGGAGACAGGCACAACAGCAACAUCAUGGUCAAAGACGACGGGCAGCUGUUCCACAUCGACUUCGGUCACUUCCUCGACCACAAGAAGACGAAGUUCGGCUACAAGCGCGAGCGGGUUCCCUUCGUGCUGACUCAGGACUUCCUCAUAGUCAUCAGCAAAGGCACUCAGGAGUGCACCAAGACUAGGGAGUUCGAGAGGUUCCAGGAGACGUGCUACAAGGCCUACCUGGCCAUCCGUCAGCACGCCAACCUCUUCAUCAACCUGUUCUCCAUGAUGCUGGGCUCGGGCAUGCCCGAGCUGCAGAGCUUCGACGACAUCGCCUACAUCCGGAAGACCCUGGCCCUGGACAAGACGGAGCAGGAGGCCCUGGACUACUUCAUGAAGCAGAUGAACGACGCUCACCACGGGGGCUGGACCACCAAGAUGGACUGGAUCUUCCACACCAUCCGCCAGCACGCCCUCAACUGAGAGGCCCCCCUCUCCGCCCCGGGUCAGGGGGGAUCCAGGCCUCUUCUCCAGUCUCCUCUUCCUCCCCCCGUCCACCUUCCCCACUCCCCAUGACCCCCCCCCCCACCCCCUUCCUCGGCCGGCGCCGCGAGGAGGAGAGAAACGGGCGCAGGCUUCUCCAUCUACCUGUGGCUCGGAGGCACCGGGUCCAAAGAUGGCCACGGUCAUCACCGCAGCCGAGCGUCGCCCUCCCACGACCGAGCGCGUCGCCAAGCCCUCCGCCCAGGACAGACCGACAGAUUUGAUCUCUUCUACUGUGUUCCCCUUACCAAUCUGCGCCUGACUUUUACGAGACCGCGUCUCCGGAGUUUUGUACCUGUUUUUCCCGGCCUCAGGGAGAGUCCUGCCCCCCCCCCCCCCCCCCCCCCCUCUCCUCCGUGUUUGUGAACGAGCGGGACUUCGUAGAGAGGCUCAGGGCAUCAGUGUCUUCCUGCUCCUAGCUCCUCACACACGGGGAGGGGGGGCACCUGUAGGACUAUGCACGGGACCGCCGGGGGGCCUCGGAUGCGCAGGGUGUGACCCAGGUCACCCCAAACCCGAGCCUCAACUCCCACCACGUCCUCGACGGAAACCUACCAUGUAUUCUAGCACAGUCUCUUUUUGUAUUGACGUUUUUAUCAUUACCAUUCUUUCAUCCAUUGCCGUACUUUGUUCCUUUAUUUAUUUCCGUACGGCAGCCCAUGCGCCCCAGGGCCAACCGAGGCGGAUGGGGGCCUGUGUUUGGAGGUUGCGAUCGGGAGAGAGAGAGCGUCAGAAGAGCUAGGUCGCCGCGGGAUAGCCGGCUUCCUGCCUAGCCGCCUCACUUCCUGUGUUUGGCGUAGCGUCGCUGCCUCAUUGUGUUUGCCUUCCUCCCCCUGAAGCCUGUCGCACCGGAGCUUCCGCGUUCCGCAGCGUAGAGAGGAAGCCUUCUGGAGUGGCGGGCGCUGGGAUGGCUAGGUGCUGCCCCCGGGACGCCGCGGUGCACAGCGGCAGCUUCAUGCCCGUCUGCCUUGUGUAGCUGUGCUGAUGAAUGCUGAAUGUGGAGAAGUGUAUGAAUUGAUCGGGACAGGCGUGGGUUUUCCCUCCGGUCCGUAUAAGACGACGCUGAGUGCCUGAGCUCGCGAGAAUGCGUGUGUGCGUGUGCACACUCUUUACCGAUAGAAGCAGGUUCUGGAAGAUUCUGCCCAUCCGACAUUGACGGACU